GGCUAGAUUUCAAAAAUGGAUAAAACUAAUGUAGAGAUGGAGAAUGCUAAAAAGCUGCCCCAAGAUUCAGAGAAUGAUCUGCUUGAAGCAGAAGUUGAAUCUCAAGCAGAAGAAUUGCCUUCUGCAGCUUCUGGUGUUGACAAAGCAAAUGCCUGUGAGAAUGCCGCUUCUGGUACACACAAAGCAAAUGCCAGUGUGAAUGAAGUAGGCAAUGCUAAAAGUGUUGCAGACGACAAGGUUGACGAGGUCAAUGAACAAACUGCUGCUCAAACCAACAGUGGAGGAGUUAAAGAAGAAAACUUUGCUGGAUAUGGCAUGGCUGGUGGAGAUGCUAUUGGAAAUGUGAUGGGAGAAGAAAAGCCUGCUGAAAUUGUUGCAGAGGAGAAAAAGGAUUAUGAAAUUGGUAGAGAGGAUGGAAACCCAGUUACCAACGUUUCAGAAGAAGAAAAACUAUGGGAAAAUACUAAUGUAGAGAAAAUCUCUUGUGAAAGUGAGCAACUUCCAACUGAAUUAUCUGCAAUGGCGACUCCUCCAAGGGAGGGUGAUCCUGCACAUGGUGAGAAUGAAAAGAUGGCAGAUGUGGUUCAUAAGAAUGAGAAGGAAAUAGUUAAAGAUGAGUUGAAAGAACCAGGCAAUGAAUUUGAAUCUGCCAGUACUGUAACAAAUGGAAAUGCCAACUCGAGUGAAACUGCAAUUCCUCUAAUUCAGGGUGAUCCUGCAGAGGUUGAGAAUGAAAAGAUCGCAGAUGUUGUUGAUGAGGAGACUGAAACAGUUAAAGAUAGGGUGAAUGAACCAGAAAAUGAUGGAAAUACCAAGUCAAAUGAAACUACAAUUCCUUCUAAUGAGGGUGAUCCUGCACAGGUUGAGGAUGAAAAGAUGGCAGACGUGGUUCACGAGAAUGAGGAUGAAACAGUUCAUGAUAAGCUGAAAGAACCAGGCAAUGAAAUUGUUUAUUCUAGUACUGUAACUGAUGGAAAUGCCAAGAUGAGUGAAACUGUUGAUGAUACUUCCCUUCCAACCAAACUAGAAUCUGUCACAUCCAAUUCCCUCAUCAAAUAUUCAACUACAGUUGCUGGAGAUCAUAGUGAAGAAACAGUCAAAACCUUUUUUAGUCAAUCAGAGAUGGUGGAGGGUGAUGAUGGAGCACCAGAAGAUCAAGUAGCAUUCAUGAAGGAACUUGAAAGGUUUUACAGGGAGAAGUCAAUGGAUUUUAAACCUCUCAAAUUUUAUGGGCAGCCACUAAAUUGUCUAAAGUUAUGGAGAGCUGUGAUUAGAUUAGGUGGCUAUGAUCGGGUGACUGGAUUAAAAUUGUGGAGGCAAGUGGGAGAAUCAUUCCAUCCCCCAAAGACUUGUACAACUGUUUCUUGGACAUUCCGUAUAUUUUAUGAGAAGUCACUUCUGGAAUAUGAACGGCACAAGACACAAAGCGGCGAGCUUCAGCUCCCAGAUCUUACGCUGCCUGAAGCUCCAGGUGUUCACAGUGAGGGAAAUGGAUAUCAAGGAUCUGGAUCAGGCAGGGCUCGGAGAGAUGCUGCUGCUCGUGCUAUGCAGGGUUGGCAUGGGCGUCUUUCUGGUCAUGGCGAGGUUGGUGAGCCAAUCAUCAAGGACAAGAAUCUCAACAAUGUGGCUAAGCGUGAGAAAAAUCUCAAAAGCAUUGGCUCACUCAAACAGAAGAGACCAAGUGAAGAGGAGCAUUCAGUGAAAGCAGCACGAACUGAGACAUCUAAGCAGUUAAGUCUUGAUUUGAGUAUCAUGCUUUUUCAGUUUGUUCCUCGUAACAAUGCCGUCAAUUCCCUUGCAGGCGUGUUUUACAGAUGGAAUACCAUCCUUUGGAUGAUUUAUUGUUUAUUUGAGCUUUGGAAUAAUGUUGAAGGUGAGAAUGAACUCCGCUUGGGUGGCGUGUCAUCUUCGACUCAUGUCGUGUUGGAUGACGAUGCUCCUCAAACACUCCAUGACAUGCAUCAGACAAGCAUGUGCUGUAAAGAUUGUUUCGAGGUUUAUGCCCUAAUACCUGGGCUUUUGCGCGAAGAGGUGCGUGUUCAAUCAGAUCCUGCUGGACGUUUAGUCAUAACAGGUGUGCCAGAGCAACCUGAAAAUCCCUGGGGUAUCACAGCAUUUAAAAAGGUGGUGAGCUUCCCUGCGAAAAUUGAUCACGUACAUACUUCUGCUGUGGUUAUGUUGCAUGGGCGCCUCCUCAUCCGUGUCCCUUUUGAGCAGUGAUACUGUUGAAUAUCAAGGUUUACUGAAAACAUCUUCGAGCAACUGGGCGGGUGAAUGAUGGCCGAAAACCAACUGUAGCACAAGGUUCUAACUUUUGUGAAUGUUUAGUUGUGACCAUUAAAUGUGACAGAUUGGCAUCAGCAACUUAGUUCUUAGAGGUCCAAGUUAGAUAUUUAAGGUAGUAGUAACGAGUAUGACGGCAUAUGGAGGCUUUUUCAUCCCGUUAGCUCCGCGGUACUGUGUGAAGGAAAAGAUUGAUUACUGUUUUAAAUUAGUUGAGAAUCUUCUUUCCCCCCUUCAAUUUGAGUAGGGCGUACUAAUCAUGGGAUUAAUUGCAUUGGCGUUGCUAUUUAGCUAAAUUUUCAAUAGGAUGUUGAACUUUUGAAUUCCCUGGUUCCUAUGUUUUUGAGCAAGUCUAUUUUACA